AUGCACCGCUCCUGGUGGAUGGAGAACGGGCCGGGGUGCAAGGUGACGCCCAUCAGUCCUGCCCCGUCCUGGGCCCCCGAGGACCACCGCUACAUCUCUAUAUCGGGCUGUCUGCUGGACUUCCAGUUCAUAGAGGUGGCCCACUCCUCGCUGCAGAUACUAUUGGCUCUCGUGGGCUUCAUCUACGCCUGCUAUGUGGUCAAGCUCAUCUCAGAGGAAGAAGACAGCUUUGAUUUUAUAGGCGGCUUCGAUUCGUACGGUUACCAGGGCCCCCAGAAGACUUCCCAUCUGCAGCUACAGCCCAUGUACAUGUCAAAGUAG